AUGCCUAGCAGCAGCAACGGAGAUGUUGAAUCUUCUACAACUUCAAAUUCUUCCUCCUCGGCAGGAAAUUUAUUGAAUCGUAGACAAAAUCCUCCGUUGAAACUAAAUUUAACAAUAAAAAAUCGUAAAAAUUCUACUUCUUCAAAUGGCCAAAGCUCCCUAAAAGAUUCGAAUAAUAAUAAAUCCACAAACAGUUCAACUGCUACCAAUUCAGCCAACAUCACUUCAGGACCUUCUACUACUACUAGCACCACCAACAAUAAUGCUAGAAUUAAUUCUUCUACUCCUCCUUUAAUGUCACCAAAAAUUAUUGAAUUACGCAGAUCAGAAUCAUUUUCCUCCAACAAAUCUAGUAAAAGUUCCGAUGACUCUUCCUCCUCCUCAACAGUAAAUUCUUCACAGCCUAACAAUAAGAAAAAACCAAAAUCUUCAAAAUCAUUAGCAACUACAACAGAAACUGCUGCUGCGACCACAGGAACAGAAACUCUUGUACUUAAUGGCAUUGCACCUAAAGGUCGUAGUCAUUUUAAUACAAAUAGAAACCUUGUAAAAAAAUCUAAAGGUGCUAAAAAUGUUAGUAAUAGAGUUUCACCAAAAGAUGAAAUCAAUAAAGAGUUAUUGGCUAGAUUGGAAGAACAAAAUUCUCAAUUGCCUCCUCAGGAUUCAACACAAUUUUUGUUGGCAAGACUUGAAAGACAAAAUGAAUUAUUAGAUAAUGAUCCAAAAUCUGUUUGUAUAGAAUCUAAUGUUCUUAAAGCAAAUUUAGAAACUGUACAGUCGUUAAUUGAUGACAUCACAACAAUCGAAUCUACGAAAACAAUUGAUUGGGACUUCUGGACUGCUUUAAUUCAAGAUUAUAAUUCUGUCGCAACAAAGUUACCACAUUUGUUAACAGCAAAAUUACAACAAGGUUUACCACCUAAAUUGAGAGGAUUGAUCUGGCAAUCAAUGUCUCAAGCUUCUUCCACCUACUUGGAAACAAUGUACUCGCAACUAUUAAACGAGUCAUCACCUUACGAUCGUAUAAUUCAACGUGAUUUGGCUAGAACGUUUCCUACUAUUGAGAUGUUCAAGAAGGAAAAUGGAAAAGGCCAAACUAUGCUUUGGAAUGUGUUAAAAGCCUAUAGUCUUUAUGAUCCUUUGGUUGGAUAUUGUCAAGGUUUAGGAUUCUUGGUUGGUCCAUUGGUGAUGAACAUGAAUGAAACCCAAGCAUUUUGUGUUUUUGUCAGAUUAAUGGAAACAUAUGAUAUGAGAACCAUGUUUACUUUAAAUAUGGAAGGUUUGCAACUAAGACUUUACCAAUUUUCAGCACUUCUUUCACAAAUACUACCAAAUCUUCAUGCACACUUCCAUUUACACGGCGUAAACGUUGGAAUGUUUGCAUCACAAUGGUUUUUAUCAUUGUUUGCUUAUAGUUACCCAUUCCCAUUAGUUUUAAGAAUUUAUGAUGUUGCGUUUGCUGAAGGUGCCCCCGAAACAAUUAUGCGAGUUGCAGUCGCAUUAUUAAAGAAAAAUGAGGAAACGUUGAACUCACUUGGGGAAUUUGAAGAUUUGUUGGAUUUUUUGACCUCGAGACUUUAUGAUGCUUAUAAUAAUGAACCAACAGGAUUAAUUAAAGAUGCAAUGUCUUUGAGUUCAGUUAUAACUAAAUCAAAAUUGGAUCAUCUUUCAGAAAAUUACGUUAAAGAUUUAGAAGAUUCAAAGAAAAGAGCAGAGGAAUUGGUGGCCGUUAGGUUUAAUAGCAGAUUUGGUAGAAACAGCAGCAGCACUAAUAAAAAAGAUAAAAGAAAAAAAGCCAUUGAAGGAGACAAUACUGCUAAUAAACGUGAUGGUAAUAAACCUAAACGUUGGUCAUUACCAAACACUAGAAACUCGAUACAAUCAUUUGUAAAUUAUGCAACUUCCUCCUCCUCAUCAAAUAACAAUUCAUUAAAUAAAGACAGUGAUGAUAAUAACAAUGACGACAAUAAUAGUCAAACAAAUCCUGCAACUCCCACAGCCGCUUCAUUCUUUUCAGUAAAUAACCCAUCACAGCCACAACCAUUAACAUCUUCAACAAACGUGGGAAUAUUACAUCAACAAAUUGAAGAUUUGGUUUUAGCAUUAUCGCAAUUACAAAAAGAUCACGUUGAUUUGACCGAUCAAUUGGUAAAUAUUAAAAUGGAGAAGAUGGAUUUAAUUAACGAGUUGGAAGGAUACAAGUUGAGAGUUAAAGGUAUCGAAAAAGAAAAUAAAAGAAUGUCUUCAUUAUCGGUUUUGUCUAUCAAUAGUGACGCGACACUUAAUGAUGAUACUACAAAUACUAGUGAUAGUAAUGGACCUUUAACACCACCAAAACCCAAUUUAGAUUUUAUUUCUGAUAGCAUUAAUGAUAUUAAUAACCAUAAGACUAUCAAGAGAAGAGCAUCUUUACCGACAACAGUGUUUCAACAAGAUAUAAUUGGUGGUGCUGUAAUUGCUGAUGAGAAGCAACAUUUUAAUUUAUUUAAUAAUAACAAUUUAAAUUCUAAAAAUUUAUCAUUAUCAGUAAAAUUAAAUAAUAAUGGAAUCUUCAACGCCGGUAAAAAUAGUAAUCAAUUUCCAUAUAAAUUUAUUUCAACUCAAGAAUUAAAUCAAUUAAAAGAAGAAAAAUAUGUUUUGAUGCAAGAAAAUGAAAUGUUGGUAAAGAAAAUAUUGGAAUUGGAGGAUAAUUUGGAUAAAUCAUUUAAAGUUAAUAAGAAAUUACAAGAUAAAAAUAGUUUUUUCAGAGAUGAAAUCAAAAGACUGGACGAGGAGAAUGCUGAAGUUAUAUAUGAGAAAAAUGCAAUGUUGGAAAAUGUUAAAGGUGUCAAGGAGUUAAGAAUUCAAUUGAAUAAAGUUAAAAGAGAGAACGAAAAGUUGAAGAAAGAAAUUGAAGAGAACGGAAUUGUGUUAAUGCUAAGUCCUGGUAUUUGUGAUGACAGUAAUAAUGGUAAUGGUGCAACAGGUAAUUGUGUUGAAUAUGAUGAAGAUGGUGUUCAAGGAUUGGGUGAAGAUUUUGAUUUGACAACAUUUAAACAAGAAUUAAAAGAAGAAUUAUUAAACACUUCAAUUAACAAAAGCAAAUCAUUUAGAAGAGUCUCAUUUAUGAGUUUCUUUGGAUCAUGUGAAUCAACCAAAAAAGUAUCAGAAUUGGAAAAGUCUUUGAAAAAUAUUAAAAUAUUAUUGUUAGAAAGUGAAGAUGCAAGAGAAGAUAUGAGUCAUCAGUUGGAGGAAUUGAGUAGUUUGAUUUAUGGAUUUGACGAUAUUGGAUUUGAUAUGGUUUAG